AUGAAAGUAAUGAUUGAGACCUCGGAGUGCGUGAAAGACAAAGACAAGGACUUCAACUCGUCCAUCAUCGGCGUGGACCAGAUGCUGGGAGUGUUCGUGCUCAUCUACGGCGGGAUGGGCGUGGCCUUUGUGGCCCUGCUGGUGGAGUGGGUCGUGGCCUGCGCCAGGGACGUCAGCAGAUCCGACCCCAAGAAGCCCCAGACGAUCUGCGAGGCUGUGAGCAGGAGGGUGAACGUCCUGUGGAACCGGUCCAAGUGCCGAUCCAGCUGCGACCAUGCUCCCGGAGUGGGCAGACCGCUUCAGCAGAUUGACGAGGACCUGAGAACCACCGACAUCGCGCUUAUCGGCCGCUCAUCGGCCGCCAGUUACCAGUGCGAUAAUGGGCCCAGAUCCAUUAAGCCUACGCUAGUGUGACGCUCAUGCAUCAAAUGUGUAGCACUAAAGUAUUCCUGAUGGAUCUUAUUCUCCAUUUUCUUCUGUACGCUUUAACAGAUUGCCGGUACUUCUGGCUUUUAUGAAUUGCGAUGAGAAAAAUCUAUCAUUGGACGCUGUACAUGGCAGACUGAUGAUUAAUGGUAGGAUGUAAAGAAAGUGCUAUCUGUAAAGAUGAAAGUUCCUACACGCGUGUUAUCAUGUUACAAGACUUAAAGUUAUUCAGGCGUGGAUAUCAGGUUUUAAAUGGUGUUGCCUCCAGGCAGCUCAUCCCAAUUCCAGUUACUGUAACAGCUGGAAAGGAUUUCUGGUUUUAUCACUUCCAUUUGUUUCUCUCGGGAAAUAAACUGCAAACUUAUCUUUACUUCUGAAAGACUGUUGCAAUACUUUCCCAGCCUGGGGCGGGCAAUAAGCGGUAUGAAAAUUGCUCAAAAUGAAAAUUUAGAGACCUAUUUUUCUAGCAGUGAACAACAGGUAUGUACAUGGGAGGUAUAACGAUAACGGAGGGAAAGUAUCGUCUGUGUAACCAAAUGGGAGCAACAUAAGAGACGGUUACGUGGUUCUUAUUUCAAAUACAUCUUUGUUGCAGCAGCAAGUGUAGCUAAGGGAAAUAUUCAUGUACAACUGUCACUGUUAUCUCGUUUUGAGCAAAAAUAUAAACUGAUGACUUGCAUUACCGCAUGUUACGAUAAAAAGUUGUUGCGACUAGCCGGUGGCUGUAAUGUUUAUCUUGGUUUCCCCAGCAUAACAUAUGGUGGCAAUGGCACCGCAGGUGUGAACGAGUACCAUACACAUUGUGUUAAGUUUUUUCUAAUUAAUAUGCAAUAUGACCCUCACACACAGUCAUUAUGGUAUUGUCAUGUUCAUGUGCGUUUAAGCUCUCUACAUCAAUAACAAGGCGCACGUUGACGUAUACUAACCUACAUUGGCAACUAGCUGGAACUGCAAUGUCGUAAAGUUUCUUGAAGAAGAGCCGCUUAGUGUUCCCAUGUACAUGAUACGCACAUACCAACUAGAAACCACGCUUACAAGAUAUACACAGUUGUAGACAAAAUGUUAGUAAAACCCUGUAGUGGCUCCAAUGACAUGAUUGAAAACGCCUAUGUUGUAAUUGUGCUAAAAGCUGUACAGAAAGAUGUAGAUAUGGCCGUCAUUGUAACAUCUUCAGGUUUCUAUAGCCUGACCUAAACUGAGCCAUUGACU